GUGAGAGUUCAUUAGUUGAAAAACCGCCAAACAUAGCUGAGCUGUGAGUGAAAAGCCAAUUGCGACGCUGCUACAACUAUAAUAAAAUUCUCAAAGAAUUAAAGAAAAAAUCGAAGAAGACCUACCACUUACAACUAGAAAUAUUGUGCAUAAUAAGCCAAGAAGAAAUAGAGAGUUUUACGAAAGGCUGUCAAAACCACCGCAAUUUUUCAAAAUUGUUUUUGUGAUUUCUUUAAUAUCAUUACAACAUUCAUACACAUACGAGAACAUACAUAUAAGAGGCGCUGAGAAAGUUAUUUUACAAAGCAGAUAGUAGAAGGAAUUAAAAACGAAAUAUUUUUAAUAUAAAAGUAUAAAUCAGCAAUUUAAGUUACUUGCAAAUAAAUAAAAAAAAAAAGCUUACUCAGUAUGAAAGUGGACGCUGCUACCCUGGAAGUCAUUUCGCCAAAAGUGCAAAUCACUGACAACUACAUCGACACCGAUUAUGAGUAUCAGACAUCGCAUGUCAAACGCACCGCCAAUGGCAAAAUUCAGGUUCACCCCGAGACAACUGGGCUCAAGAUUCGCACCGAUCGCCGUGUACCUAAAUUGGGUCUUAUGCUUGUCGGCUGGGGCGGCAAUAACGGCUCAACACUCACGGCUGCUUUAGAGGCUAAUCGCCGUCAAUUGCAAUGGCGCAAACGCACUGGCAUACAGAAAGCCAACUGGUUCGGUUCUAUUACGCAGGCAUCGACCGUACUAAUUGGUUCCGAUGAGGAUGGCAAGGAUUGUAAUGUGCCCAUGAAAGAUCUCGUGCCCAUGGUUAAUCCCGAUGAUAUCAUCGUCGACGGUUGGGACAUUAGCUCGUUGAAUAUUGCUGAGGCCAUGCAACGUGCCCAAGUAUUGGAUAUUGAGCUGCAAGAUCAAUUAUAUAAGGAUUUGUCGGCACUCAAGCCACGGCCAUCUAUUUACGACCCGGAUUUCAUUGCAGCCAAUCAGAAUGAUCGCGCUGACAAUCUUAUUAAGGGUACUAAAUUUGAGCAAUAUGAACAGUUGCGUCGCGACAUACGUGAUUUCAAACAGACAUCUGGUGUGGAUAAGGUGGUCAUAUUGUGGACUGCUAAUACGGAGCGAUUCUGUCGUAUAGAAAAGGGUUUGAACACCACCAUGGCAGAGUUGGAGGCAUCGUUGAAGGUAAACAAGGCGGAGAUAUCGCCUUCGACUAUUUUUGCAAUGGCAAGCAUUGAUGAGGGUUGCACCUACAUCAAUGGCUCACCGCAAAAUACUUUUGUACCUGGUCUCAUUGAAUUGGCUGAGCACAAGGGAGUCUUUAUCGCUGGCGACGACUUCAAAUCGGGACAAACUAAGCUAAAGUCGGUGUUGGUCGAUUUCUUGGUGGGCGCGGGUAUUAAGCCAGUGUCCAUUGUGAGUUACAAUCAUUUGGGCAACAACGAUGGCAAGAACUUGUCUGCGCCGCAGCAGUUCCGCUCGAAAGAGAUCUCAAAGAGCAAUGUCGUCGACGACAUGGUCGAAUCGAACGCGGUGCUUUACAAACCCAACGAACAUCCCGAUCACGUGGUAGUCAUCAAGUAUGUACCCUAUGUGGGUGACAGCAAGCGUGCCAUGGAUGAGUACACCUCGGAAAUUAUGAUGGGCGGCCAUAAUACGCUCGUCAUACACAAUACCUGUGAGGAUUCGCUACUUGCCUCGCCGCUCAUUCUCGACUUGGUCAUCUUGGGCGAAUUAUGUUCACGCAUACAGCUCAAGAGUGGUGAACGCGCCGACGCUCCAUGGAUCUCCUUCAGUCCAGUGCUCUCGUUGCUCAGCUAUUUAUGCAAGGCGCCAUUGGUGCCACAUGGUGCACAAGUGGUAAAUUCACUUUUCCGCCAACGUUCGGCUAUUGAGAAUAUCUUACGCGGCUGCAUUGGUCUGCCACCCAACUCGCAUAUGAUGUUGGACCAACGUUUUGAUUUUGCGUCUAUCACCAAUGAGCCGCCUACAAAGAAAUUGAAAGGAGUAGCGAAUAACUUUGCCGCCGAGUUGAAUGGAAACAAAGCCAAUGGUCAUAUCGCCAAGGUAGCAGCGAAGGUGGCGUCCAAUGGUCAUUAUGCCAAUGGUAAUGCGAAUGGUCUUCUGAAUCAUUAAUAAGUGAUGAAAAGAUGGAAGCGGAUGCAGUAUGUUGAUGAAUAGGAGGGCAAUUAGUAUUAAAGUUUAUAUGUAUGUAUCAGUAUGCAUCAUUCCCUACAACCUCAUCCCUUUUUUAUGUUGUUUUUCAAAUCACUUUUUUCCACCAACACCUUUUGAGUGCUUUUUGUUUCUGAAGGUCCAAUUUAUGAGUGCUCUGAAUGUUUAAACUCCGUUUAACCCUGUAAUAUUGCGCGUUUAAAUUCGGUUUACCCCAGUUAAAUGUGCACUGGAAAGCAGCGUUAAACUUACGCUGAGAAACUGGGCUAAAUGGCGCAAUUUGCCGGCAAUUUAUAAAUUAGUACAUACUCUGUAGUUUUUAGCCGAUAUAUGUGUAUAUACAUGUAAAAAUAUAUUCCUUAAAAAAUAUGGUAAUUAUCUAUUUUACAACCCAGGAGUAAAAUUUCAUCAGAAGUAUUAGGUAUGGCUGUCAAUCGACAGGUUUCGGUGCCCAUUGUAAUAUUCCAAUAACGCAGUUAACGGGUUAAAAGAAUUGCGUUGGCGCAGGUAAAAUAGAUAAUCACCCAAAAUAUUCCAUACGAGAAAUAGUUUUGCAUACAAAUAAAGCAUUGUUGACUAUUUUCACCUGUUGUGGCAUAUUUGAUAUCAAAACUUUUUGAAAUGUACCUAAAUAUAUAUUUUUAAUAAAAAUAAUUGUACUAUAUUACAAGUAAAGAAACGGUAAUAGAAAAGUGAGAAAUUGGGUCGCAUUUUCAGGAAAAUUUAUAUAAAUUAAUGAAAAUUAAUUAGAAUGGUAUAUAAAAAUAUAACUUGAAUAAAUUGUGAAGAAUUCAAUUUUUCGAAAAGAAAUAAAAGAAAAAUUAUUAACUUCAACAAAGAGUAGUAUUUAAUUUUUGUGAACUAUUGUACAUAUUUAAAGCAUUUCGCUAGUGUUGAGUAUUUGCUGGAAAUUGUAAUUAAAUUGUUUCGUCUGGUUGGACAAAAACCAAAAAAAGAUCCGCAUAUUUUUCUCAGUACUUAGCAUUUCAUUAAGAACUAUUUUAAGCCCGAAUUUUAUUUUUGAAUGCAAUAAGUUUAACUAUUCAAACAAGAAAAAAAAAGUUUAUAAAAUUUUUAGUUUUAAUUCUCAUUGAAAAGGUUGAUACAUUUAAACAAAUUGUACGUGAAUUGUCUAAAAACCACAAACACAUUGUUUUUAAUAAAGAAUGGUAGUACCGAUUUCAAUGGAAACUA